AUGGCAGUGCAGGGUCAGAGAUUUAUGACCAAGACGCAGCACUACCGCAAGGUGACCAAGCCACUGCUGGAGCGCAAGAGACGGGCCCGCAUGAACCUGUACUUGGACGAGCUCAAAGACCUCAUUGUGGAUACGAUGGACGCGCAGGGCGAUCAGGUCAGCAAGCUGGAGAAGGCCGACAUACUGGAGCUGACCGUCAAUUAUCUAAAGACCCAGCAGCAGCAGCGCCUAGCCAGUCCAUCGUCGCCAUCGUCCACAUCCUCCUCUGCCUCCUCCCAGGUGAAUUUUGACAAAUUCCGGGCGGGCUAUACCCAGGCCGCCUACGAGGUCUCGCACAUUUUCUCCACCGUUCCUGGCUUGGAUCUCAAGUUCGGCACACACCUGAUGAAGCAGCUGGGACACCAGUUGAAGGACAUGAAGGAGGAACUGGACACUCCCGACCUAAGCGAGGAGCCCGUCAAUCUCUCCGACCGCAAGUCGGAGGAGCACCACCAUGAAGAGCGCCCUACAUCCCCUCCAGAGGACAACGACAACCCCAAUGGCGAGGAUGUCUGGCGACCCUGGUGAACCAACACCUAGCAACCCCUCAACUCAACCACUCAACAUUGAGAGCUUUACUACUCUGGAUUUAGU